AUGGCAGGCAAUACCCAAUUCAAUACCGAAGCAUUCACUUUGUUGGGAAUCGCAAUUCUCAUCAUUGCCCUACGUACGACGGCAAGAUGGGUUAUGGUUGGCCCGAAAGGGUUUCAAGCUGAUGACUAUCUCAUGCUGGUGGCCUGCGUGGUGUAUGGACUCGAAACUGGUGCCGCAUACAUGGUCGGCGCCUGGUUCAUGGGCCUUGCGAAUAACGCUAUGACGGAUCAGCAGCGGAAGGAUCUUUCCCCGGAUUCAGAAGAGUAUCGUCUGCGUGUGGGCGGCUCUAAGGUCCAAGUCGCCGGCUGGUCUUUAUACACUCUUUUACUAUGGUUGCUGAAAACAUGCAUGGCUAUCUUCUACUCCCGGUUGACCGCGGGCUUGUUGAACAUGCGAAUCCGAAUCCAUAUCGCUUAUGUUUUGAUCGCCGUUACUUACAUCGCUACGAUCUGUUCAAUUCUCUUCGGAUGCCACCCUCUGCACAAGAACUGGCAGAUAGAUCCGGAUCCUGGAAAUUACUGCCAGCCCGCAGUGUCCAAGAUUGACAUCUAUGUGACGGUGGUCCUGAAUGUCGCGACGGACAUCUAUCUAAUUAGUAUCCCAGCUCCGCUGCUCUACAAGGCCCGCCUAAAGUGGCGAGAGAAGCUCGAGCUUUUGAUUCUCUUCAGCGGCGGACUAUUCGUCAUGAUGGCCGGCAUUCUACGCUGCGUACUCAUCGUAACAGCUGGUGCAAACGGCGCCCAACAAGCCGGCAGCUGGGCCUGCCGCGAAACCUUCGUAGCAGUCGUCAUCGGCAACAUCCCCAUGAUCUACCCCCUGAUCCGCCGCGCCACCCGACGCGCCGGUCUCUACCUUACCACACGAAGCCGCGAAGACAGCUACCCCGGCUACCCUCUAUCAGAAGGCGACACCGGCGGCGGAGCCGGGUACUCGAGCAGACGCAGAAAGUUCCGUCAUCCACUUUCCAUUCCCGAUACACAGUGGAACACAACCAGCGACGAGCAAAUGAUCCUACCUACCUCACGCCAGCAACCGGCAACUUGCGCUGCCGGCGAAGCUGACUGGGAGACACACAGCCACAACAGUCAGAAUGGCAUAAAGGUCGUUCAUGAAACGAUAGUUCACAGUGCUGAGAAGUCGCCGAGACGAUGA